AUGUUUGGAGUCAAGUUCCCUUUAUAUACCGCUUUCAUCUGCUGCCAUGCCAUUACGUGCAUGCCAGGGAACAGAGGAUCUGGAAGGACACCAUUAAACUGGGAAACAAGAUCCGGGAUUGCUCUUGGAGCUGCCCGUGGGAUUGCAUACCUCCAUGCACGGGGCUCGAGUGUCUCUCAUGGCAACAUCAAGUCAUCAAAUAUUCUCCUCACUAAAUCCUACGAAGCCCGUGUUUCCGACUUUGGACUUGCUCAACUCGUUGGUCCCUUGACUACUUCCGUCCGUGUUGCUGGCUACAGGGCACCAGAGGUGACCGAUGCUCGUAAAGUCUCCCAGGAAGCUGAUGUCUACAGUUUUGGUGUACUGCUACUGGAACUGCUAACAGGUAAGGCACCCACUCAAGCCCUCUUGAACGAGGAGGGGUUUGAUCUUCCGAGGUGGGUGAAGUCUGUGGCUCAAGAGGAGUGGACAGCUGAGGUAUUUGACCUUGAGCUCCUCAGAUAUCAAAAUGCCGAGGAUGAUAUGGUUCAGCUCUUGCAACUUGCUAUUGAGUGUACUGAUCAGUACCCCGAUAAGCGCCCUUCAAUGGCUGCAGUGACAAACCGUGUUGAGGAGCUGUUUCGUUCGAGAUUACAGCAAGAGGAAGACGAGAGCAGUGAUAUAGUCCAUGCUGCCGAGGAGGGGCGGCGGGAUUACUCUGUUGAUUACAGUGCACCAACACCUUCAGUGGGAGAUUGAAUUAAAAUCUGCACUUAUUUCAUUAUUCUCUUAUUUGUACCCUAUUUUUUUAGCCAAUGCCGUUUGGUGAUUUGAUUGUUCGUUCAUUCUUGGUGCUUUUCUUUUAUCAACCGUCAAUUGUACUUCUUAUUUUCUUUCUGCUGUACAUUUUCUUCUGCAGAAACAUUUUCCUUUUCCCCCCUCUAGUGUCAACAUUGAAUGUAACAUUUUUCUUUGAACCUAUUUAUAUCUUUUUUUAAAAACACUCUGGAAAAAUAGAAAUUGGCUCUGUCGUUUCCC